ACCUCCAUCAUAAACAACUCGUUUGAGGUUAUGUCGUUUUAAUUUUCAAAAUUAAUUAAUAUUUUCUCAUAAAAAUGAGUGGAAAACACGAUAAAUAAUAAAAUAGAUAACUAUUACGUUCCUUAUCUAUGAUAACUAUAUAAAUUGAAUUGGUUACAUAAGAUAGUGAUUUCUAUAUCUGCGUAGUAUUAACUGUAUAUUUUGCUAAAAUCUCACAAAAAAAAUUAGUAAAAGAUGAACAAAGUUUGUCCACAAUCAGAAAAAUGUUGUGAAUUAAAUCCUGAUCAUUUUGACGAAUACAAACACCCUCAUUUAAACGAUUUGUUACAACAAGGUGAUAAUUUGUAUCUGCCAGAUAAUUUUCCUCAAAGUAGACAAGUUGUUAUGGAGCAACUAAGUGUUUUAAAAACAUUACGAAUUGAUGAUAUCAGUACACAAAAAGAUGCAUGCAAAGAUGAACCAAGUACAUCUAAUGCUGACUCAAACAAAAUCACUUCAAGGGCUGUAAAUUCCCCGAAACAUCAAAAAUACACCAUGGCAGAUAAAAUGAAAAGCAACUAUCCGUACAAUUUAUUUUUCACGAUACCUAAAUUGCAUGAUACAUUGAAUCAAAAAAAUUCAAUUACAUUUUCAGAUUUACUCUGCCCGAGUUUAGGUGAAUUAAAAUGUUCGUUACAAUUAAAUUUUCUCGUAGAGAUAGAAUGGUUAAUUGAACAAUAUAAAGUUCAUAAUGUCCACACCAAACCCUUAACAGUGGUAUAGGGUUGGGAUUUACCCGAUAUGACCGAUUACAUUCAAAAAUUUUUACCUAACGUUAAACACCAUCUAAUGAAAUUAAAGAAUCCGAUGGGACAUCAUCAUUGUAAAAUUGGCGUUUACGUUUAUACCGAUAACUCUAUAAGAAUUGUUGUGUCAACAGCUAAUUUGUAUUAUGAAGAUUGGAAUCAUUACAAUAACGGGUUAUGGGUGAGUCCGAGAUGUCCUCAAUUACCCAGAAACACACCCUGUGAUAAAGGAGAAAGCCCCACAGGGUUUAAAUCGACUUUAUUAAAAUAUUUGAAAACAUACAAACUAUAUCUUAUUAAAGAUUUUAUGAGAUAUAUUUCAAACGCAGAUUUUUCAAGCGUGAAAGUCUUUUUUGUGGCAUCAACUCCGGGAACUCAUUACCCAAACGGCACCGAGUGCCACCUUUACAGAACUUUAAAUCUUCUUUCUUCUCAUUGUAAAAUAGAUUCCAAUCCGGAUUAUUGGGAAGUUAACGUUCAAGCUUCAAGCUUGGGUUCAUUCGGAAAACGCCCUAUAGAUUGGUUACAAAGUGUGUUAUUACGAAGCUUAGCUUGUAGACAAAAUUAUUCGCCAAUACCGGACCCUCAAGUUAAUAUCAAUAUUAUUUAUCCAACCGUUGAUGAUGCUGUUUCAUGUCAUUUUGGAGAAGAUGGUGCUGGAUGCUUACAUUAUCAAAAAGACCUACAUAAAAAACAAUUAUGGUUGCAAACGUAUUUACGGAAAUGGUGUGCAGAUUCCUCAUCGAGAACGAAAGCGAUGCCCCAUAUUAAAACUUACUGCAGAAUAUCACCGUGUAAAUCAAAAUUGGCUUGGUUUUUAUUAACGAGUUCAAAUAUAUCGAGGGCUGGUUGGGGUUCUGGUAUCGGAAAAGAUGAGGGUGUUUGUGUGAGAUCGUAUGAAGCUGGGGUUAUGUUUUUCCCCAGUUUUUUCAACCAGGAAUACUUUGAAUUAAUUAACGGCGAAAAUAACGCCACAUUUCCAUUUAUGUAUGAUACGGUGCUAAAGAAUUAUGCUCCCGAUGACUAUCCGUGGACUGAUUAAGUGGUUUUUAAGGUUGUAAUAUUUAAGUUUUAUACUUUAAUAAAGUUUUUAAUAUCAA